CAAAAAUAGAUUUUGUGAUUGUGAGGCAAUCGUGAUUUGGAAAGCAGAAUUAUAAAAUAGCUUAUUCCAUUUACCAGAUACAUAGUGCAUAAAACAUUUUGCUACAAUGACUGAGGAAAUCCAAAGAAAAAUGCAGAAAGAGCUGGAACUGUUGAGUGGUAUACAAAAAGAAUACCGUAAGGCGGUCGCUCAGAAACAACAAUUAGAUAGUCAGUUAAAUGAAAAUAAGGCUGUUAAAGAAGAAUUAUCACUGUUGAAGAAAGAUGCGGAGGUAUACAAACUUAUUGGGCCCGUGCUCGUGAAGCAGGACCCAGAAGAAGCUAAUCAAAACGUCGCAAAGCGAAUGGAGUACAUCAGCAAAGAGAUCAAGAGAACAGAUGACCACAUAUCUGCGUUAGAAAAUAAACAGGAAGCCCUUCAAGAAAACCUGACGAAGUUAAAGAACGAUAUAAAUAAACUCAAGUUAAAGGCUUAGUUCUUAUACCUCAAAAAACGCUUCAGUUUGCAAUUAAUUACUUUUGCAUUGUGUAUUUAACUAAUUAUACUAUACUUUUAAUACCUA